AAUGUGGCAUGGAAGUGGAAAUCCUCGUCCUCAAGGAAAGCAAGAUAUACGACUCAUAUUCAAUCUAAGCAUCCAUCCAUUAACGAACGAACCCUCAAUUUCAACUUUCCCAGAUAUAUUGUGCUUCCUUCUCUCCCAACCAACCAAACCAAUUCUCCAUUUUUUUUUACAUCAGCGGUUUGGUUGUGUUGUUUUUUGCAGCAUCACCUAACGACCAUGGGUUGCGGCUCCUCCUUUCCAGAUAGGGAUUCAAGGCAGCUAGGUAGACCCAGUCCCGAGAAUGGUGGAGGAGACGCUAAAAAUCUUCGUGUUAAGCUUGUCCUCUUAGGUGAUUCUGGUGUUGGUAAGAGUUGCAUUGUUCUGCGAUUUGUUCGUGGUCAGUUUGAUCCAACAUCCAAGGUAACUGUUGGAGCUUCUUUCUUGUCACAAACAAUCGCUCUGCAAGACUCUACAACAGUCAAGUUUGAAAUAUGGGAUACCGCUGGUCAAGAGAGGUAUGCUGCCUUGGCACCACUGUAUUAUCGUGGUGCAGCGGUUGCAGUUAUUGCCUAUGAUAUAACAAGCCCAGAAUCUUUCAGCAAAGCACAGUACUGGGUUAAGGAGCUACAAAAACAUGGAAGCCCUGAUAUAGUGAUGGCAUUGGUUGGUAACAAAGCCGAUCUUCAAGAGAAGCGGGAGGUUGCUGUUGAGGAUGGCAUGGACUAUGCAGAGAAGAACGGAAUGUUUUUUAUAGAGACAUCCGCAAAGACAGCGGAUAAUAUAAACGAACUGUUUGAGGACAUUGUUGACUAUGCUACUAGCAAGCUUCCCUAUGAUGUUCUUGCUGCCUGAAGAUAGUUGUAGCAAACUCAUACCUAUUCGAGGAGCUAAACAUGAUCUAGAGAUUGGUAUCCCAUCCUACAAAAAUCCAUUUAAUUAUAUCUUUUCCAAACAAAGGAAAUUGCGAAAAGACUGCCACGCCCAUCGGUUACUUGAUACUGCACAGAAUGCAUUUCAUUGAAGGAUUUGCAAUUGCUUUGGAUCCCUUAAAAUUGUAAUGUAUAAGUUGUGUUUAUGUAUAUGUUGAUUAGAUAAUACCUCCGAUCUUGUAAUACUAUUAUGGACACAAUGUCACAAGUAUGAGUCCUGUCUAUUAUUUCAUAUUCAAUUUAGGAUGUCAGUCAGACACACGACGCCUUUGGUGGUUGUUGAUCAUGCUUUGUUGUGAGAAUUUAGUUGAACCGCAUAAUCAAUACAUUAUAUAAACAUCAUUAUUAGGUUA